CAACAACACUGACCUUGUACAGCAUCUUGGACGUCGAAACAGACGCUACCAGAGCCGCGACGCAUCAAACUCAAUCCCAGAUUGAGUGCUGUCGUCAAAGGUGAAAGAGUCAGAAUCCUGGCCUCUCGCGAUCACCCGCCCACGGACUAGCCGUUUGAAUUCACGCGGCUGAAGUCUGCCCGCACUUUUUGUGCGUUAGCGAGCUGUUGCCGCCUUUAACCUGACGAAUAGCGCCCGGCCCGAAACGGCGUUUGCGCGAUUGCUGAAGCUUGGGCCUUGGAAGUUGUACGCCAAGCCAUCAAGAAGUGAAGCACUGCAAGAUCGGGUGUGGGAGUGUUGAUGCUGGCAUACUGGGUUCCAUACUCGAGUGCGAACACUAUCCGAGAGCUGCAAGAGUUCACCGAAAACGGAAUCGUUUACGACUUUUCAAACGACGACGACAACAAGCGAAGACAUAUGGCUGCAGUGAUGGCAAUGGACCAAGGAGCUGUCCUACAUGCGCUACCAUUACAUGGUGCCGACUACAAUAUUCAUGGAGAACACGACUGCAUCGAGCAGUAUACUGGACAUGCGCAUCAUUUCCAACCACCUGGAACACACACUGCCGACCGUUUCCGACAAGACGGCAAUUUGACACAGCCAUCGCCGGCCUCGUUUGCUGUGCCGACAGCUGCUCAUACAGCGAAUCACGCGCAAGAGGCCCGCUUCGGUGCUGAACGCUGGGGCAUAGCGUCGGAUGCCAACAGCUACCAAGCAGCAACUCAUCUCACUGACUCGAGCUCUGGCUCGAUCUCGACCAGUCCGUCCUCCGCCGCAUCCUCGCAUCUUGCGUACACCACCUACCCGACGAACCAUUACACAGGACUUCCCACCUAUACUGGCUCUGUGUCACUACCCCAGUCGUUCGUACCAAGUUCCUUGACCGGUGCCCGCAUAUCAGAAGGGCUCCAUGGCGCGACGUCCGUGCUGACUCCUCUACCACGGCCACCCAUCGUGGGGGACGUCUCGGAACGUGAGACCUACGCAACCGGAGCGGCACGUUAUCUGACACACCAGCAACUGCCGCAGCCGGGCUUCAGCGCCUACCCAAAUAUAUCACGCUCUUACGGUCCUGCGCUGCCCGAUGGUUUUACUUAUGCGCAAGCCAUGACGUCCGCCAAUGGCUACGGCAGCUCAAACGAGAGCAGUCAAAGCUCGAACUUCCCAUGGCCUGAUCUUCAGUGUCUGUUGGAAAUGACAUGCGAAGGUAUGGAUGUCACACCGAACAUACAUGCCAAGGUCGAAAAGGGGCUGUUUCUGUCGACAUCAGACCAGAAAUGGACGUGUUACAGGAGAAACUAUUUCUCUGUCGCAUGUAGCUACGACAUCACUCCCAACAUCAACAACGGUCGCAUCUUCCUCAAGCGUAAUAACAACAGUGAGCAGGUGCAAGCCAUGGGAGUCAAGCUUUCGGCAGUUGUGGAUGGCUCUCAAGGCAAAAGCAUUGAGCUGAUCCAGCAUACGCCAAAGCGAGACAAUGGACCAAAAACGAAGAUCGAAGUGACGAAGCUUUCACCAACACCCACCUCAAGAUCCGAGCAAACUCUGUCGCCUAACGGCGUGUAUCAGGUUCCAAUGGGAACUUUCCAUCCCACGGGCGUCGUUCCUGGUCCGUACCUGCCGUUGCAAAGCACGACAGAUUCAGGUGCGACCACGACAGCAACCGCACAAGCGCCUACUAUGCCAUCGUACAGUACAUAUGCAUCGGCGGCAUCUCAUCUGUCCAUACCCGGACAGCAAACAUCGCAGACAUUCGAGCGAGUUCAAUUCAAGUCAGCUACCGCUAACAAUGGCAAGCGACGCGCAUCACAGCAGUACUUCCAUCUCGUUGUCGAGCUGUGGGCGGACGUGCGGAAGGAAGGCAGUGAUAACCCUUCGUGGGUCAAGGUUGCUCAACGCUUUAGCGGCAAGAUCGUUGUACGUGGUCGAUCACCCAGCCACUACCAAAACGAAGGCCAGAACAGUUCGACUGGACGCGGCACUGGGAGCUCAGGUGGAAGCAGCGGCUAUGGCAGUAGUACCACUGGAGGGUACGGUAUGAACGCCGGCGGCUUCAGGAGCUCAACUACUGGCUACGGCGGUGUCAGCAGCGGAUACCGUGGUACCACGUACGCAGCCCACCCAUCCUCAGAUGGGUCAAGUGGAAGCAGUCCGGGUAGUGUGGAUGAAGGCGCCAUCGAGAACGAACAUCAUGCCGACACUGUUAUGUCCGAUGCCGAGCGGGCCGGCAUCCAGACCUUCGAAGGCUACCAGUAUUUCCCAGGCCCCAUCUACGAAGGCGUCCAAUUGCCACCGCCACCGAUUAAGGUCGACAACGUUACAAGAUAUACCACGGAACCUCGGCAUUACGCCGUCAAAGCCGAGUAUGCCGACGCCAUCCCGGGCGCUCAAUGGUCGGUCGGCGCAUGCGGCCGUUUCGAUGGUGUUGCAUCCAGCCGCGGCUACUAUCCAGACCUCUCCGCGAGCUUUACUUGAGGCUCCGUACUGGCAGACCCUCUAGCGAUUUACCCUUUAGCUCCUUUGUAUCGCACGUGCUGCGUUUGACCAACAAUCUCGCACUUACGACCUGGUGGUCACAAAUUCGAUCAGCAGAUGCUACAAGCUUGACACAGCUGCGCCGGCCGCUACAGCGUGUUGAGCACGAGUAUUAGUAUUGCUUUAUUUCUGCUCUGCAUCGCUUACCGCGCGGAUACCCUCGGCGCAUGGGCCCGUUAUGGUAUCAGUAAUAUCUAGAGUGAUAUGAGAGGGAAUCAGAGGUGCAGCAUUGCUGGCGCAGGAAGAUGUUGAUGAUUAACAGGUUGAAGGGUACCACAAGAUGUGGCGGGUUACGCAUGCCGUGGCGAGAUGACUGGAGAGC